AUGGAAGCCACUUCAAGCAGCCCUAUGGUGAGCCAACUUGGUCUCACUAUCAACAAUGACUCUGGUGUUGAUCUUUCAGCCUCCGUUCCGCCCCAACGAGCCAAGCAACCUUCCAAAUCUUACAGCAUGUCUUCAUUGAAUAUGAAGAAGCUUCGAGGUUGGGUUUCUCGCUCGAGAAGUGUUUCUGAUCAGAGCAUCUCAAGCAAUGACGGCUCGGUCGUAGUCAAUGUUAUUGAGCCUGGCCAAAUCCCGACCCCAACCAAGGAUCCGCGAAAGGUCCGUCUCAAUGCUCGACUUCGAGCAGCUACAAAGAAAUCAAUUGACAUGCUCUUCAACGAGGCCAAGAAGCAUGGAAAGACACUCGGUGAUCAUCCAGACAUUGUAAGCUCUUCACCAGCUAAAAAGAUAAAAUCCUCUACUUCCAAUACUGGUGAACAUCACAGCGAGAUCAAUGAUCAAGCUCAAGAGCCAGAAGACCUCACUCUUGUCACAUCUCAACAACGAGAGCAAUUAUCCACAAAAGACAUGGAAAUCGCCCUCCUCCGUGCCCACCUCGACCACAUGGCAACCGUCCAAACCAUCCUCAAAGAAACCCUAACCACACAACAAGCCACCAUCGAAGAACUGAGAACUCAAAACAAAUCUCACGCCACUGAACGCCGCACCCUUCAACACGAAAACACACAGCUCCUCAACGCCGGCACCAGCCGAGCUAAAUUCGACCUAAUGAAAAAUCAAGUCGAGAAUCUGACAAGCUCGCUUACAGAAAUGACUAUGAAAGUGGAGGAAUAUGAGAAAGAAAAAGAAAUACUUCGCAAUACGGGUUAUACCACUUUCACCGCAUACUGCACCGCUUUGAAUACCGAAAGAAAAAACAUCCAGCCCCUAGUUGACAUUGGCAGAUCUCUCGUCCUCCAACGAGGCGACCAAGCCAUUAGUUCCGGAUCUGCAAAAGCAGAUGUGUUGCUCUACGCCGCUAUCCUCCCGCAUCCUAGGGAGGAUAUCUAUACAUACGCCAACACGUACGGUUUUACUCCCACCGCUGUGCUUAAGUGCAAGAGCGAACGACUGUUGGAGAUACUGGAUGCUAGAGUCUGGGUUCGGGGUCUUCCAAAGGCGGGAGGGUAUGAUACCGAUGAGUUUGUGAGAUUGGUGGAGGGGAUUGAUAAUAAGAGAGCUGGAAUUGAGGGGUUUGAGGAGGCGAUUGCGGGAGAGCAAGGUGAUGAAUUUUACCAGAGUGUGAUGGAGGAGUUUUGGAGAUUGAAGAGUGCUUAUGGGGAAGGUCGUCAGAGAGAAUGA